AUGUUUGGAAGACCUAGAUGCAGAGAAUGGACGCCUUUAACCACCCAGCAAUUAAGAUUACGUAGUUUAAUACAGAUUGUGGGCUACAAUAUUCGUCCACCAGAGUCAAGACAUCAAUGUAGUUAUUUCUUAACUCUACACCACACAAUAAUGUCGGCACCAUUUUAUACGAGCGAGAGAAUAUCUUCACCUCAUCCCAAGUGGAAGGAGAUUGAUUCAGAAAUAACUCGAUGUAUGUCUUCAACGAACGUCAUUAUACGUAUAUGGUGUCAUAUAAUAUCACCUUCUAAGGAUGACAACGAAAAGUGUGAAGUCCAGGACAAUAUUAUACAGACUUGGGGUGUUUAUUUUAGCGGGCUGAGAUAUAUAGGGGCUAAUUUAGCGUUAAACUUCACUUCAGACUGUUUCAAGAGCAAUACAUUGGUGUUUCAAAUGCAUGGUGGUUAUUUUUGUUCCUAUAAAAGUCUUAAAUUAGACGUUAUCCCACCAGAAAAUGAUUUAGAACAGGGAUCUCUUUCGUCGGACUCGUCUGGCAAAACGAACGUUUCUAAAAUAACUUUAGAAUCAAGAGUUAUAAGGAAUCACAAGUUCAUAAAGGAAUCUAGAUCAAUAUCGCCCGGAAAGUUUUCCAAAAAGACCGAUAAGGAAUAUUCCAAAAGCAAUAGUCCAAUAGAAAGAGGCUUUAGAAGAAAUUUUGCUAUGAGUUCAACGUCUAGCUUAAACGUCGAUAGAGGUGAUGAUGUUAUUGAAAGGAAGAAAGUUGAGACGAAUCAGAUAUACGAACAUUCACCAGAUAAUGUAGUGAAGGAAUUUACUUCCAGUGAUUUUAACUGUGAUAUAUCGGCUUCCCACGAGGAUAUGUCGAAUAAAAUAGAUUUGAGCGAAACAGCAGAAAACUAUGACUUGAGAAAUGAGGCUGAUGGCAUGCCGAAAUAUAGAUAUUUGGCAUUAAGUUUCCUUAAAUCCGAAAUAAGACCUAGCUAUAAUGCAACUAAGCUGCAAAAUUUGCAUUUGCUUCAAUAUUCUAUUAAGAAAAGGCAAGACGCCGUGCAGGAGAUUAAGGAAAGAAUCUAUAAGAAGUCUGCUUUAACAGAAAAUACAGAUAAUUGGUCUUCCGAUGAAUAUAAUCUUAGAGUUAAGAGCAGAUCUGAGAGAAAUCUAUUUUCGCCUGACGAUGAUGAAUCGAGCAAAGAAAAAACUUCCUCUCAAAGUGACACAAAUUUGAAAAACGGGAAGAUCAAGUCAGAAAAAGCUUCAAUAUCAAAUGGACCACGUUUGACGUUGAAAUUAAACGAUCUCUUAUCCUACAAGUCUAAACCCUCUCCCUUCCAACGGGCAGAACAUGUCAGACUUACAAAGCAAUUGGAGAUUUUGCAUUUCAAACGUCUCAUUCUAUCAGACGAAAGGGACAGCAAAUUGGCUAACAUAAGAAGACUGAAAGAGAAAUAUUCCAAAUUAUAUGAAGAGAAUCAAGAUAUAGGUUCAGAAUUGAUGCAGAAUUAUCAUACGUUAUCAAGAAGAACGGAAAUUUUGAAGGAAACGAAAGAAUCUUGUCUUUCUUUACGAGAACGCGCCGCCAGGUCCCACGCUGCGCUCUCUAGCUAUAGAAGCAAUAUGUUGAUGCAGUUGCAUAAAAUAUUUUAUAUAGAACAGAAAGAACCAAACACAUGGACCAUAUGCGACGUCCCAUUACCUAUAUGCGGUGAUGAAAAUCCACGGGAAUCGAACCCCGUACCCGACUCAGUUGCAGCGGGUUUUGUCGCUCAAGCAACAUCUUUAACUGCUGCUAUUCUAAACCAACCACUGAGAUAUAAGAUCACGUUGUUGGGUUCAGCGAGCAAGAUUUUGGAUAUAACACCAGAUUUACCUGAUCCAAAUAUACCGAUAUUCGCUCGAGGUGGUGACAUCACGUUAUUCAGAUACGCCAUGUUCCUUCUAAACAAAUGUAUAGCUCAAUUAUUAUGGGGAAGAAAUCUAUCUGUACAUGACAUGAGACCGACAUUGUCAAAUUUACAGAGGUUAAUGACCACGCCGAGUAAUUUAUCAGACACAUCAAAGUUAUUCGGUACAUAUUGUUGGCUGGCUGACAGCGAGUGUCCCAGAACACAAUCAUUAAGAAGCCUAGCGCCUUCAGACAGGAAAUACAGACAGUUCAAUAGAUUUAAGGAAACGGUUGACGGUCAUUCACCCCAGAAAUGUCAAAAUGUUAGACGACAUAAACAUUCUAGAAGCGUGGGGAGUUAUCAAGAUGAAAAGGAAUUAACAGAUUUAAAUGACUCCACAAUAUCGAUUAUGGGAAGUGAAUCGAAUAUAUAUCAUAUGAAGAUUAAACCGAAUUUGAAGCAACACAACUCAGAGCCACAAAUAUCUAGAGAGGACGAGAAAUUAGUGCGAAUAUCGAGCAACAAUGAAGACGAAAUAACAUGUUCUAGCUGUUUAGACGACAAUGUUAAGAGGAUAUGUACUGAAAUCAAUGAUUUCUGUACAAAAUCAAAUGUCGGAAUUAAUAUAGCCGAAUAUAUGGAAAGGAAGAAUAGUGUGGAGGUUGAACUAGUAUGCGAUAAUGUGAGAGACGUCAUAGUUAUACCCAGCGCUGAAGCUAUUCUAGAUACGGGACAGAGCGUUGAUGAAUAG